AUGGAUAUCGCCUUCGACACCACCUGGUGUCCUGUCUGCAGCAGGCAAAUCCUCCCCAAGCGCUACUACGUCCCCAUCGUCCCGCCCUCGCAGGCCCCCGCCGUGCCUCCCAGUUCUCCCACUUCUGACUCAAACACCCAGGAGAACGCACAAGCAACGCGCUUUGUUCGCACCAAGACCGGCACCAUCCGCGCCAGGGGCGGUGGCGGGCUCGUGCACGGCACAGGUCGUGUGCGGCCCAACGGCGCUAUCAAGCGCAGUGACACCGUCAAGGAGCCUAAAAAGGCCACUUCCCCACCCCCUGCUGUCGACAUGGAGCCCUCUCUAGUCCGACCCGCGGGUCAGGUCCGCCAUCGCACCAUCAUCGACCAAUCGCCCGUUCCCCUCUACUGCUCCGAUGAGUGCCGCCUGGCGGAUCUCCAAUCCUCGUACGGCAGCAUCUCUAUCGACUACAACCCGGAACGGUGUAUUUCCCCACCACUACCCCCGGUUCCGCACAACUCGUACUCAGACAUCUCUGGCCCCGAGGAGAGCGAUUCGGGAAGUGGCGCAUCCUACGAGUCAUGUUCCUCCAUUGCUUCUUCUCCCGGCGUCAAGUCCCAGGCCCCGACGGGUCGCAUACCCAAGGGGUACGCGGCUCUCGCGCGGCUGUACGACGAUCUCCCCCCGCCGCCCCCUGCACCACCAGCCAUGUGCCGUCCGACCAACGAUUCGGACGUGUCUGUGAACGACUAUCAAUCUGGUGUGAUGAUGGCCGCUCGCCGCAUCAAGGCAACGCUAUGCCAAGAGCCGCCGAAGAAGGACAUGUACGGCGCGACGCAAGUCAGGGAGCGCAAGCCCAUCCCCGGCUGGACAGAUGGCUCGCAUGCGUGGCGCGCUAGUGUCUACAACCUCACCGCUCCCCACGACUUUACCAAGUCAGCAGACACGGAGCGUGCGAAGGAUGCCUACAAAGGCUUCGCAGCAAGCUCUCACCGUUCACGCAGUGGCGUGUACUCGACGCUGAGCGACAUCCCGCCUACUGUCGACACUACCCCUGCCUCCUCGUCCGCUGCGUCCCUGCCGACGGUAGCCAUGGGUUCCCGCUCCCGCUCUGCCGCUGAGGAGCUGAGCAAGUAUCCACUGUUUACGCGUCGUGCGGACUCCCGCAACUCCUUUACGGGUAGCUCGGCAAUGGGACUCUCCACCUCACCCACUGGCUCCACACGCUCCCUGCCGGUGUCAACCGCCCCGAGACGCAAGGAGUUCUCGCUGGUGAAGCCCGGUGCAGAGGGUCGGUUACUCGUCCCUGACGUGAAGAUGACGCGCACGCCGUCGAACCUUACCGUCUCGAGCGAGGCAAGCUCGAGCUGGGGUAGCGGCAAUGUGAGCGGCUACUACGGUGGGGUGGGCCGGAAGCGGAGUCCGCUCAGCCGGCAGAACAGCGAUGCGAGCAUGGAGAGCGCAGACAGCGUGUCCACCGAGGAGCAGUGGCCGCAGCCGAGCAGCCAGGGACAGCAGACGCGUGGUUGGAGUUAUUCGGAUGACACGAUGACAUUCCCCAUCCUACAGCUUCCACGGAAGAAGGAGAAGCGGAUGGUGCGAAGAAUCGUGGACGGGGAGGAGCGGGACGUCGAGGAGGAGGUCGAAAUUAUCGAGCCUCUGAAGCGUCUGUUCCUCUUCCCUGCCGCGCAGGAGCGGCGCCGCUAA